GCACGCCCACGAAGAACAAUGUGGUUUAAGUUUGAACAUUUGUCCGAUGCGCGAGCAAAAGUCGUUACUCAAUCGUUUACCUGAACCUUAAAUUCUGUUAAACAAUGGAGAGGUUUCCGCCCAAAAAUUGAAAAUUUUCCAAUACCCAUUUGGAAGGCACACACAAUUUUUUCAGCAGCUGAUUUUUUAGAAUUAGAAAUCAUCUCAUUUCCUCCACCCUCCAUUGCCCACUUUCCUCUACUCUCUGGAUCGGACCUCUCUCCGCGAGAGGAUCUUUCUAUUUCUUUCUCCUAAUUUCGACUCCCAUCUUCACUUGAUUGCAUUUUGGAAGUGUCACAGAACAUCGUUUAAUCGGGUGGAUUGGAUCCAAAUAAUGAUGGAGAAGGCAGAUUCUGCACAGAAGUUGUACACACGUAUGCGAUUAUGGGAGUUUCCGGAUCAGUAUGUAAUUGAGCCGACGGAUGGCUCUUGUGGCUCGUCUUUGUCUGUCAGUCGCAUCGAUGGAUCGAUGAAACUUAUAGAUGAGCUUCCUCAAUGCAGCUCUAUCAGGGUUCCCAAGAUAAGGACAAUUUUUGGAAUAAUUGGCUUGCUGAAACUCUUGGCAGGAUCAUAUUUAAUUGUCAUUACUGACCGUGAGUGUGUGGGAUCUUAUUUGGGGCAUCCAAUCUUUAGAGUUUCAUCCUUGAAAGUUUUCCCAUGCGAUCAUUCGGUAAACAGUUCUCCUGUGGAGCAGAAAAAGACGGAGGCCGAGUUUUCUGGACUCUUGAAUGUUGCAGAGAAGACUUGUGGUCUUUAUUUUUCCUACAAUACCAAUUUAACCCUGAGUGCACAAAGAUUGCAUGCUUUAGGUGACGAAUCAAAGUUAUUACCCUUAUGGAGACAGGCAGAACCAAGAUUUCUCUGGAACAAUUACUUGUUGGAAGUGCUCAUAGAUAAUAAGCUUGAUCAAUAUUUACUUCCUGUUAUCCAAGGAAGCUUCCAGAACUUUCAGGCUGCCAUUGGGAAAGAUAUAGUUGAUGUAACCCUGAUUGCUCGGAGAUGCACUAGGAGAACAGGAACUCGAUUGUGGAGAAGAGGAGCCGAUUCUGAUGGAUAUGUUGCUAAUUUUGUGGAAAGUGAACAAAUUGUUCAAUUGAAUGGAUUCACAGCAUCAUUUGUUCAGGUUAGGGGAUCAAUCCCUUUGCUCUGGGAACAAAUUGUUGAUUUGACAUACAAGCCCAAAUUUGAAUUAGUGAAACUUGAAGAAUCUCCUCGGAUAGCUGAGCGACAUUUCCUCGAUUUAAGGAAAAAAUAUGGGGCUGUGUUGGUUGUUGAUCUUAUCAAUGCGCAUGGAGGUGAGGGGCGCUUGAAUGAAAAAUUCGCAGCUGCCAUGCAACAUGUUACUGGUGAUGAUGUAAGAUAUCUGCAUUUUGAUUUUCAUCACAUCUGCGGCCAUGUUCAUUUUGAGCGCCUCUCGAUCCUUUAUGAACAAAUGUCAGACUUCCUCGAUCAAAAUGGAUACAUGUUAUUGAAUGAAAAGGGUGAGAAAAUGAAGGAACAGCUCGGAGUUGUGAGGACCAAUUGUAUUGAUUGCUUGGACCGCACAAAUGUUACUCAGAGUAUGAUAGCCCGAAAGAUGUUGGAAUCCCAACUUAGGAGGCUUGGAAUUUUUGGUGCUGAAGAAACUAUUAGCUCACAUCCGAACCUAGAUGAAAGCUUUAAAAUCAUUUGGGCUAAUCAUGGAGAUGAUAUAAGCACACAAUAUUCUGGCACUCCUGCUUUGAAAGGAGAUUUUGUUAGAUUUGGCCAAAGGACAAUUCAGGGUAUCUUGAAGGAUGGUUAUAAUGCUCUUCUACGCUAUUAUUUGAAUAACUUUGUUGAUGGAACAAAACAGGAUGCUAUUGAUCUCUUGCAAGGACAUUAUAUUGUUUCCGUCAGUCGGGAUAUGACGCCCGCGACCCAAAAGGGAGGCAUAGAAGCUAUAGCGAACUUCCCACUGGCUUUAUCACUGGUGUUGACAGGGUUCUUUUUUGCAUUCUUGUCAUUGAGGCAAGUUCGCUAUGAUAUUCGGCACUUGUUCUUUUCAAUCAUGUGGGCAAGUCUGAGCAUAGCCAUAGCAGGUUUUGUAAAGGCCAACGGUCGGAUUUUCUGCAAUCGACCUCGUCUGCACAAACCUCGAUCGUGAUUUUGAUUCCAGAGACUGGCAAAUUCAGCUAACCAUUCAUUGAAAUUCAAUUUUUCUUUCGAAGAUUUCCAGUCAGUUCCAUUCUUGGUUCCAUCUGAAGUGCCAAGUUAUUCAUUAGGACUCCUAUCCAAGAUGUUAUCACACUUCCCUUUUCUGAUCACUACUGUUUUUUAGAAUAUCAGAUGUUUUUGUUAUUCCUUGCCUUGUCAUAUUAUAUCUGACUCGAACACAAUAUACAUUUUAGAGAGAUAUUAUUGUAGCAAUUGUUGAAACGCAUUAUGGGUUAAAAAUACCAUUUUUAACGGCAGUUCCAUAUGAAAACUGCUGAUACAGGUCUUGCAAGAACUUCAUAUCAGGUAUGUGAUGAUGAGAUUAAAAGGUAGCUUAA